AUGCAACAACGAACUCACACAGGGGAGAAACCAUUUGAAUGUAUUGAAUGUGGAAAGAGCUUCAAUGAUAGUGGAAACCUUAGACAACAUCAACAAACUCACACGGGGGAGACACCAUUUAAAUGUAUUGAAUGUGGAAAGUGCUUCAGUCAAAAUGGAACACUUAGAAGACAUCAACGAACUCACACAGGGGAGAAACCAUUUGAAUGUAUUGAAUGUGGAAAGAGCUUCAAUGAUAGUGGAAACCUUAGACAACAUCAACAAACUCACACGGGGAGACACCAUUUAAAUGUAUUGAAUGUGGAAAGUGCUUCAGUCAAAAUGGAAAACUUAGAAGACAUCAACGAACUCACACGGGGGAGAAACCAUUUAAAUGUAUUGAAAGGGGGAAGAGCUUCAGUCAAAAUGGAACACUUAGAAUACACCAACGAACUCACAUAG